AUGUCUCGACGUGGCAUCAUCCAGAAUAUUGUAAUCACACCGGUGGCAUUCCAUGACAUGCCACUUCUCAAUAGUGUUGGUGUACAUGAGCCAUUUGCACUACGAAGCAUCAUUGAAGUCGUCACAGAGGACGGGUACGGAUUGGGAGAAUCAUAUGGAGACUCAACCCACCUGGCUCGUCUCCAGCUUGCGGCCGAUGGAAUCAAGGGCCGCACCGUAUACGACACGAAUACAAUCUAUCAACUAUGCGUCGACUCUUUGACAGGCGACACCAGCACCGGCGGCGACGGCAUGGCCGGCAUGGUGACCACGGCCUCCGUCGCGGAUCAGGUCUUUUCUCCAUUUGAGGUGGCAUGUCUCGAUAUGCAAGGGAAGCUUGCGGGGGUUCCUGUGAGCGACCUUCUCGGCGGCCGCGUCAGGGACAAUGUUCAGUAUUCGGCAUACCUCUUCUACAAAUGGGCAGGGCACCCUGGACAGCCUGACGACGAGUACGGCGUGGCUCUCGACACCGCCGGCGUUAUACGGCAAGCCCAGAAAAUCAUGGACGAAUACGGGUUCAAGGCGAUCAAGCUCAAAGGCGGCGUCUAUCCACCAGCCCAGGAGGUGGACACCAUCAAAGCCUUACACGCCGCUUUUCCAGGUGUUCCUCUACGGCUUGAUCCCAAUGCCGCCUGGAACGUCGAGACCGCAAAGUGGGUUGCCAAGGAGCUCGAUGGGAUCGUCGAGUACCUCGAAGACCCAUCCCCGGAGAUCAACGGCAUGGCUGCCGUCGCCAAAGAGGCUCCGAUGCCGUUGGCGACCAACAUGGCCGUCGUCGCCUUCUCUCACCUGCCCGUAUCCAUUCGCCAGAAUGCCGUCCAGGUGAUCCUCGCCGAUCAUCACUUUUGGGGCGGCCUGCGCAGAUCCCAGACCCUGGCGGCCAUUUGCGCGACGUGGGGGAUGCGGCUUUCCAUGCACUCCAACAGCCAUCUGGGCAUUUCGCUUGCCGCCAUGACGCAUCUUGCGGCGGCCACGCCCAACCUGGACUAUGCCUGCGAUACGCACUGGCCAUGGAAGCCCCGGGACGAGGAUGUCGUUGUUGAUGGCGCGCUGGAGUGGACUGAUGGCGGCGUACAUGUUCCCACGGCGCCUGGUUUGGGCGUUGAGCUGGAUAGGAGGAAGCUGGCACGUCUUCAUCAACUCUACUUAGACUGCGGGCUGCGGAAACGUGAUGACACAACCUACAUAAGAAAGUUCCGACCCGAAUUUUCUCCCGCUGUUCCCAAGUGGUAG